AUUCCUCUUCCCCAUAUGUUCGCAAGUGUGCAAUUCCCACAGCGUACAGAGAGUUAAAAAAAUGACUUCAAUAAAUGUGCCUUCAAGAGAAACAGCACGCGCCCGUUUCCAGCUUCCAGUUUUUAGUAGCGAGGUGAAAAAUAUCUUGGAGCAGCUAGUCUGAGACACAGUCUUUUAAAAGGAAAAUUGCGUUCCCGGAGGGGAAGGUAUUUAUUUAUUCAGAUCAGAUUGUUGGAACAAUGAGGAAUUCGAUGAAGGUUUGCAUUUUAUUUUUGAGUGGGGAAACUGUUCUGUGAUUCUGAGGGGAGAGAGAAGGCUGGGGUGAGGGGGGACAUAGCAGGGUGGGAAGGAGUUCCCCGAGAACUCAGAAGCAAACAGCAGGACGCUACUGCCUCCACAUCCCUGUGUCUUCCAGGGUUUGGUUAAUCCCCUAGCACCAGUUUAGACUUCCCAGUUGUCAAAACACAGACAUCUUAUUUCCCCUAAAUACUCUCACUGUGGAAGGAAUGGGUUCAGCAAACGAAUUCACAAGAUGUAAUGUAUGCGUUAGAUUUGAUUGUGGCUGAAACCCCCAGAAGCCCGGAGCCUCCCUCAGUACCUGGACUGCUAUUGCGUAAUAAAGAGCAGAGGGUUUGUCCUGCUUACUAUUUUCAGCCUAGAAGGCAAAACGGAGCCGCGUGAGAAUUUACCAAGUGGGACGAUUUCCUGUCAAUAUAAAGUUCUUUUCUGGGAACAGAUUCCCCUGCACUCCCAAGAUUCAAAACGUUUCCCAUCUCUGGCGUUCUUUACCAUUCAUCCUGGACGUUCAAGGCUGGCAGAUCUGGUCUCAUCAAAAAAGCAGGAUCUUGAUGUCACGCCCACAUCUGUCAGAUCCAAGAGACGGUAAUCUGUAAGGGAAUCGGGCUUUAAACCACAUCAGGUGGACGCUGACCUGGAAAUCGUACUUCACCUCUUGGAACGUCGGUUCCCUCCACUGAAAACAGGAACAAUUUAUAGACAGCGAGUGCGUUGUUUGGCUUUGGUAGCGGUUCCGCCAGGGUGGGUCCCCCAAAACAAAAACUUCUUUCCUGCUAAAAGUCUUUUUUUCCGUCUGGGAUCUAGUUGAUGAUGCACUAGAUAACGCACCCGCUGCAGACGUCAGCCAGCCCGGCAGGAGGCAGCAGGAUCCAGGCUGGAUCUAGGAGAGAGUUGCCUGCACGGACUCUCUAGGUUGCCGGGUGGCACCCACGUUCCUAGACAGAACUGAAUUUAGUGAACUACACAUGCGCGCUGCUGGACGCCGGCCCGCAGGCUUGAUCUUCCUGUUUCUUUGUUUGUCUUUGUAAAGUUUGAAGACGCCAACUGGAUAGACACAUUGUUCUUUCUUGUGCUGCACAGAACAACAAACACACAGGAUUAGAAGAUGUAGGACUCUCAGCACCUCCAGCACCAUGUCUGCCUGCACACCACCAUGGUCCCUAUCAUGAUGAUAAUGGACUGAACUUCUGAAACUGUGGGACAGCAACUUCUGUUUACAAAACCCUGUCUGGAAAAAUGAAACAAACAAGAAGCAAAAUUGCCUUCACUCCAGAAAGUCAGGAAUCUCUCAGUAUGACUGGAAAGCCCGUGCUUCACUACUUAAAUGGAAGAGGAAGAAUGGAGUCCAUCCGGUGGCUCUUGGCAGCAGCUGGAGUGGAGUUUGAAGAAAAACUUUUUGAAAACCGUGAAGAAUUUGAGAAGUUAAUCCAAGGUGGGACCCUGAUGUAUGGACAAGUGCCCAUGGUUGAAAUGGACGGAAUGAAUUUGGUGCAAACAAGAGCCAUCUUAAGAUACAUAGCUGCGAAGUACGGCUUGUAUGGAAGAAACCUGGAAGAACAGGCCUGGAUUGAUAUGUAUGUGGAAGGCCUGAGGGAUCUGAGUGACAUGAUUAUGUUCCUUCCCCUCUCUCUGCCGGAGGAGAAGGAGAUGAAUCAUGACUACGUCCUCCAUCGAGCCAUGACAAGAUUCUUUCCUGUUUAUGAGAAGGCACUAAGAGACAACAAGCAACAUUAUCUCGUGGGCAAUCGGCUGAGUUGGGCUGAUGUGCAACUCCUUGAAGUCAUCUUAAUGGCUGAAGAAUGCAAGGCCAGUGUUCUCUCAGGCUUCCCUCAUUUACAGGACUUCAAGGUCAGAACCAGCCAGAUCCCUACAAUUAACAGAUUUCUCCAGCCUGGAAGCCAGAGGAAGCCUCCAUUGGAUGCUGAGUCCCUUGGGAUUGCGAAGGACAUAUUCAAAUUUGAACAAGGCAUGUUUCUUAAAAACAUGAGCACUGUAGUGGCUGAGUAUUAACAGACACAGAGGCCCAUGGAAGUCAGUGAACACUUUACACUAUGCUUGUAUCUAUGCCCAGGAAAACAUCCUGGUGCUGUGUCUGUAAAGAGAUGAUGAGCGUGCAAGGAAAUAAACUACUGGAAACUUAUCAAUAAGUCA